CGAGUCUUUCCCUCGUAUUCGCGAUCCGCCCAUUUCUGUCCGGACGCUUAUUCAUGAAUCCGCGGAAUCGAUAUCGCGCCUUGUCUGCCGCGCUCGCACAUAACCUAGCGAAGAUACUCCCGCGAACUUUGGACGCCCGAAAAGAGCGCGAGCCGUCGCGAAUAUUCCACGGGAUUCGAUUCUCUAAUGUUCCGUCGCUUUCCCGCGACCCGCUGUUCGUAACCUCCUAAACAGGAAAUCUUACAGCUUGUACAGUCUUAAACUUAUGUUACAAAAGGAGCUCAUGGUGUUGAUGAUGAGCACCGAACAAGGAGUGUCCGCCUUCCCAGAGGGAGAGAAUUUGUUCAAAUGGAUUGGGACUAUCAUAGGACCAAGAGAUACGGUAUAUGCUGGUCUCACUUACAAAUUGACUUUAGAAUUUCCACACAGCUAUCCAUAUAGUGCACCCAUAGUACGUUUCGCCACACCUUGUUUUCAUCCGAAUGUAGAUACCGGUGGCAACAUCUGCUUAGAUAUAUUGAAAGACAAGUGGAGUGCGUUAUACGACGUCCGUACCAUUUUACUGUCCAUACAGUCCCUUCUGGGUGAACCUAACAAUGAAAGUCCACUUAAUCUCGAAGCGGCAGAGCUUUGGAACAAUCAAACGAAAUACAAGAAAUAUCUGAUGGAAGAAUAUCACAGAGCAGUCGAUCGAACACAGAGUAAUCGCAAUCAACACGAUUCAUGAUAAGCCAUGACUGUAACCUAUUUUAUGAAUCAUUUAAUAUUAUUUUUAGGAUCGGAUUAUAUUUAAGUAUAAUUAAACAAAACUUUAUAUAAUUAAACAAUUUUUUUUCGCACUCUCUCUUCUCUUGAGAAUCUUCAAGCACUCCGAUUUAAAUUGAAUUUUUUUUUCCCUUAGAAUGACAAUGACGAAAUUCUUUUUUACGAAUUGUGUAUAUGUCACGUUGCAUUUAGCUUGUAACUCGCGUGAGAUUUUUGUAGGAACUUUUGUAAGAACAAUUAUAAAUUUAUCACCGACAUUUAAGACAAUUGCGCUACAUUUAUUUAUUUACCAUAUAGAAACAUAUAUGCGUUGGUUUUUUUCCAUCAUUAUUGCCAUCGUCUGUAUAUUAUAUUUACAUUUGAUAUGUGUUUCCAUUUUUACCAUUACUGUAUAGUUCUAAAAUAAAUAUUUUAAUGAUCAUAAAA